GGCUUGUUUAAGUCCCUGAAAAGUUUACUCGAGCCUUGUUAUUCCACUGGAUAGCGUCACCCGCCCUUCGUAUAAUGGGACCCAUGACUGAAGUAAUCUACACCACAAAAAAGUUUUCCUUUUCUACCCUCUCUUUCUUAAAUGAUAAAACUAGACCAGUCAUAAGGGUUUUUUCCCCCUAAUUUGGAUAUUUUUUUAAUUGCUUUCCAUUUAGGAGUUCGCUGGAAAUUUCGAUAGGUCUACCCCAGUUCCUCACCAAAUGAAAAAUGAAAUCGAGGCACAUAGCAUUCGCCUUAGACCGCUUGCCUGGCAGGAGCUGGUUUGUAUGAGAUUUGAAGUGUUCGGCUGUCCCGUUGAAGGCGCUCCUGAAAAUUGCAUUGACCCUCUUGGUUUGGAGUCUGGACAUAUCCCUGAUGAAGCGCUAAGUCACAGCGUGGACACAUCCCGAACGGUGUCAAAUCCCACUUAUAUCCGCCUGAACAAAGAUGUUCCUUAUUUUCCCUUCGGCUGGCAGGCGACAAUGGGCGGAUUGGAUUAUCUUCAGGUUGACUUUGGCUCAUUACGGAAGGUGACUCGAGUGGCAACACAAGGGGCUGCUUCGUUCUUUGUGACACGUUUUCAGCUGAAGUUCAGUAACAACAGCAUAGAGUGGUUGGAUUAUACAGAAAAUGGAAUCAUUAAGGAGCUGAAUGGUCCAAAGGAUGACCAAGAAGCUAAAAACCCGAUCCUGGUGAAAUUAUUUGAGCCAUUUACGGCGCGCUAUGUGCGUUUUAUUCCAACCAGCGCUCCAGUUCUUAAAAUAAUGCGAGCCGAGCUGUAUGGCUGCAUGGCUGAACCAUUGCCUCCGUUUGGCGGUGUCCCAGAAUACUCUCGAAGGGCCGUGCUGUUGGACCCAGACUCCGGACGGUUUUAUGUGUGUAUGUACACUGAACAAAAAUCAGAGAGCAGCUGUUUCUCCUCGAUUGACGGAUUGGAUUGGACAGGUCUUGAUGAGUCCAUCGUCAGUAUCAUUGCUUUCGACCCUGCAAAUGGAGCGCUCUUUGGAGUAGACUAUAAAAUGAGCUUUCACCGAAGCACCGAUGACGGUGUGACCUGGAAAACAGUUUCCUCUAAGUACUUUUAUGAUUUGAAGAACGAGACAGCCCUGAUAAUGAGCACAGGGAUACCAGAGAACCUAGUAUCUGCCUCGCCAAGUUCAUUUUGGUCCGCGACUUCAUCAAGUGGGAAGAAGUGGGCAGUCUCCGCGUCAGGCGUACACAGUAUGGCCGCUGGCCAAACUGAAUGGAGUAUGGUGGCAUUGUGGAAAUGCUGUGGAAACUGAUUUCAUCGCAUGACGUUUCAUAUCGAACAGGCCUCAUAAAAUGCCGUCUCCGCUCAGUCCGUUUAAACACGAAGGCGCGCUAUAAAAGGAGCCUUAGGUCCCACUGGACCAUUUGUCAAUCAACCGUCGUGUGAU